AUGGAAUCCAACCCAGAUUCAGCAGUCUUGGCCCAGCAAGUCCAGGCCCUUGCAGCCACCAUUGAAGAACUCACCAAACAGAACCAGGAAAUGAAGCUACGGCUCCAGCAAGUCCAACAGGCUCAACAGGAAGAGAACCGGUCCAAAGGUAACUUGGAGGAAGAAGGGGAUAGUCAACAGAGAGGAACCCUUCAGAGACCAAUUACUCCAGACGAGCAGAACUCGGACCUCCUUCGAGAAAUGAGGAAGGAAAUGGACGAGCUGAGGAGCGCCAUUAAAGAAAAGACGGACCGAAGCGUGGACAAAAUGGUAAGGGCUACAGAUUCACCCUUCACCGCCGCGGUACUCGAAUGCCCUGUGCCGUCAAAAUUUCGCUUACCUCAGCUUGAGCCGUUCGACGGACUAAAAGACCCCCAGGAUCACCUUAAUACCUUCAAGACGACUCUGGGACUUCAACAACCACUUGACAAGAUACUAUGCCGUUCCUUCCCAACGACUCUCAAAGGAGCUGUAAGAGAAUGGUUUACUAAGUUGCCAAACUCGUCCAUAGACAACUUCGAUCAGCUGAGUAGUGCCUUCUUGCGCCACUUCAUAGGAAGGCAACGCCCAAGGAGGCUAGUAGACUACUUACUCACCAUAAAACAGGGGGAGAAGGAAACCCUGAGAUCAUAUGUCAAACGAUUCACCCGGGAAACUCUGGAGGUGGACGAAGCUGAUGACAAGGUGCAGCUGACGACCUUCAAAGCAGGGUUGAGGUCCAGAGACCUCGUGGCCUCUCUCGCAAAGAACCCCCCAAAGACGAUGGCGGAGAUGCUCCUGAAGGCACAAAAAUACAUGAAUGCGGAAGAUGCUCUAGCUGCUAUAAAAGAUACUAAGAAGCCAGGAGACAAGGCCAAGAGGGAAGACGACCGUAGGGGGCAAAAGAGAGAUCGACCAGACCGUCAGAACAAUGACGGGAACAGGAGGAAGGAUGAUAAAAGUCGGACGAUCAAGGACGAACAUUAUCUCAAAUGGCCCAGGCCAUUACACUCAUCCCCCAAUGUUCGGGACAAAAACAAGUAUUGCCGGUUCCACAGAGACCACGGCCACCACACAGAGGAUUGUAGAGAUCUAAAGGAGCAAAUAGAGGAGUUAAUACGGAAAGGGAAGUUACAGAAGUAUGUAAAGAAAGGAGAAUAUAGUAAGUUCAGGGACGACAAUAAAACCCAGCAUGAAGCCUUCUCCUGGGAUGACGACCAUCCGUCCCAGCCUCCACACAAGGUGAUCGGGGAGAUAAACACGAUUACAGGAGGACCAUUCUCAGGAGGAUCGUUCAGAUCAUUCAAAAAGGCAUACUAG